CUUGAAUCGAUCUCUCGUUGGGACCAAUGAGCUUUUCCAGAUGAUCAACUACCAUAAGACUUGGGGGAAAUAUAUAUUUAGAAGUCAUCUCUUUUCUUAGACUCUGGUGAGUGAAAGCCAAGGCUGAAAUUUUGAUGAAAUGUUCAGGAAAAACUUGAAUUCUCAAUGGAUCAUUUCAUUGAUCAAAAGAAAACAGAUCAGAUGGACAUCCAUUUCGCAGAAGUCAACAAGCUCUAGUGAUAAUGGAAUCCCGGCUGAUGUUGAGAAGAUCCGGAAUAUUGGAAUCCUGGCCCAUAUCGAUGCAGGCAAGACUACCACUACUGAGAGAAUGCUUUAUUACUCAGGCACAACAAGGCAUUUAGGAGAUGUUGAUGAUGGCGAUACAGUUACAGAUUACAUGCCACAGGAGAGAGAUCGAGGGAUCACCAUCACAUCGGCAGCAGUAACAUUCCCCUGGAAGGACCACAGAAUAAAUCUUAUAGAUACACCUGGUCAUGUAGAUUUCACCAUGGAGGUUGAACGAUGUCUGAGGGUAUUGGACGGUGCUGUAGCUGUAUUAGAUGCAUCAGCUGGAGUUGAGGCUCAAACCUUGACAGUGUGGGACCAGGCCAACCACCAUGGCAUACCUAGGAUAGGAUUCUUGAACAAGAUGGACAAACCUGCCGCCAACGUAGAUAUGUGCCUAACAUCCAUUAGGGAUAAACUAAACACUACACCAUUACUUCUACAGCUACCAGUCAUGGAGUCAAAAGUAUUAGUAGGAGUCAUCGAUCUUGUUUCCAUGGAAACCGUCACAUGGCCUGCUCCUAGUAAAGGUAUUGAUGAUGGGUCCCGAUUGAAUCAUUGUCCUUUGUCAGAAAGCCAGGAUACCGGCAUAAUAAAUCAAGCUAAUGAUGCUAGGGUGGACCUAGUAGAACAGGUAGCAGAUUUAAAUGAUGAGUUUGCAGACAAAAUUCUCAGUAGCCCCAGCUUCAAUCCUCUUCAUAUUUCAUCACAAGAUCUUAUGAGAGCAAUAAGGAAUGUCACAUUUCAUCAGAGAGGUUUACCGAUCCUUUGCGGCAGCUCUUUGAAGAAUAAAGGAGUCCAGCUACUGAUGGAUGCUGUAAACAACUAUCUGCCAAGUCCUCUCUAUAACAAGGACCCUCUGGUGGAGGUUUACGGCAAAGAUUUGUGUGCAUAUGCCUUCAAGAUAAUCCAUGAUAAACAGCGGGGGCCUCUUAUAUUCCUUAGAGUCUACUCUGGAAUACUUAAACCACAAUCGGCCAUUUAUAAUGCCAGCAGGAACUGCACUGAAAGAGUGAGCCGAUUGCUGUAUGUAAUGGCAGACAGCUAUCAAGAGGUUACUAGUGUGCCGGCAGGAAAUAUAGCUGUAGCCGUUGGUCUUAAACAGACAGUGACUGGCGAUACCAUAGUAGCCUCCAAGGCAGCGUACAAUAUAGCCAAGAAGAAGCAUUCCCAUCAGGCACCUCUCCUAGAGCCUAUCAAGGUACCGGAACCUGUGUUCUUCUGUACCAUCGAACCACCUUCACAAGCCUACCAAGCAGAUCUUGAGAGAGCCUUAGAACGUUUACACCGAGAAGAUCCUAGUUUACAAGUAAAGACGGAUGAUGAUACCGGUCAGCUGAUAUUAUCUGGCAUGGGGGAACUACAUCUUGACAUCAUACAGGAUAGAAUACGCAAGGAAUACAAAAUUGAUGUGGAAUUAGGCCCUUUACAAAUCAGCUACAGAGAGACAAUAUCUGGAACAGCUACUGCUUCAACAACUUUGGACAAGGUUAUCGGUGACAAGCAUCACCUAGCCCGAGUGACUGUGUCUGUAGAGCCUUUGGAUGAUCAUAAUAAACCUGUCUAUGUUACCGUACUAGACAGCGAUGGCAAGAAAGAUGAUGAGAUGCAAGAAGCCGUCAAAGAUGGCGCCCUUUCAGCGUGUAGACAAGGUCCACUGUUAGGCUUCCCAGUUCUUGGUGUAGCUGUGACCGUUGACAAGUAUUCCGUAAUCCCAGGUACAUCUCCUACCAUGUUAGCAGCAUGCGUGUCUCAGGCUACCCAUAAUGCUUUGCAGCAAGCUACGGCAAGUCUUCUUGAGCCCAUCAUGAAUAUGGAGAUAACAACGAGUGAAGAAAGACUACAGGUGGUUUUAGGUGAUGUGGCUAGAAGAAGAGGCCAAGUCUUAGCAGUUGAAAAUAGGAUGGGAACCAAAGUCGUCUCUGCAGCAACACCUCUAGCUGAAAUGAUGGGCUAUUCGACAGCACUGCGAUCUCUGACCUCGGGUACAGCCUCAUGUUCAUUAGAGUUCUCCAAUUAUCAACAGAUGUCAUUUAUGGAACAAGAAUCUGUCAUUCAGAAACUUACCGGUUAUUCAUGACAGACUGAUAAUAAGAAAGACAUUUAUUAUGCCCAAAGCAUAUCCACCAUAUCAAGGGUGCUCAAGGUGCUCACAAGAAAAUCCUCAUAAACUUAGCUCACAUUUUACAGUUUGGCCAUUAGAUAGUUUUCAAACUGGCCUUGAAAUGUUGUACUGAUCAACAGUCCUUUAGAUUAGUAGGAAGAUUGUUCCAUGUACGGCAAGCAGCUGACGCAAAUGUACGAUCUCCCGUGACCGUCUGGUUUUUGGAAUGAAAAGAUCAACAGUAGAAGUCUUAGAAGAGCAAAGACCAGAGCGACCAGGUUGGUGAAAAUCAAGAAGAUGUGUUCUGGUGGAGAGAAAGUCAGAGCAUGAUCUUCUAUCGGAAGGAUUUUAUACCUGGGUGAGACGAUGUUCAGCAGUAAGCCAAUGAAGGGACUUAAGGUCUAGGGUGAUGUGGGAAGACCUGCACGCAUAGGUAACUAGACAGGCAGCGGUAUUCUGGUAUGAACUUCAUCACAAGAUUGCUAUGAGAUUCCACCCAUUAGAGCCCCGUUAGAGGUCAAUGAUCCUGUCUAGGUAACUAGACGGGCAGACAAGGGCCUCUGCAGAGAAAUGCAGUUUGAAUUACAGUGGCGCUAAAAAACGUUUGUGAACCCCACCAGAUAAUGAACAUAUUUAAAAGUGUUCAAAUUCUGUCAUAUCUUGGAUAUUGUAUUGUGAAGUAACAUGGAAGAAUAUUACUUUCAAUGUAGUUUAUUUCUCUGACCUUGCCAGAAAUUGUAGCAUUGUUGUCUACGUUCAACACUCAGCAUGAAGGAGUGCAUUUUCAGGUGGGGUUCACAAACUCUUUAGCACCACUAAUAACAUAUUACAAUAAAUUUAUUCACCAUUGAGAGUCAAAGAGCUUGCAAAUGUUGGUCAAUUGAUAAGUGUUGGUGCAAUAAAGUGAUAUUUUUUACAAGGA